AUGGCGGCGUACGGCGGCUGGGGCUCGUGCCGGGGGCUGGCGGCGCGCAGGGGCCUUCGGGCCGCCUUCGGGCAGGGCCCGGCGCGGCCGCUGGGGGGCGCCAGCGGAGCUGGGGGCAGUGGCAGCAGCGCCGUCGCCGUCGACUUAGACGGAAGAAAACUAGAAAUAUCUUCAGGAAAACUUGCCAGAUUUGCUGAUGGCUGUGCUGUGGUGAAGCUAGGAGACACAUCAGUGAUGGUCACGGCAGUCAGCAAAACCAAACCUUCCCCCUCUCAGUUUAUGCCUUUGGUGGUCGACUAUCGCCAAAAGGCUGCCGCGGCAGGAAGAAUUCCCACAAAUUAUCUUAGAAGAGAGCUCGGUUCUUCUGACAAAGAAAUUCUUACGAGUCGAAUAAUAGAUCGCUCAAUCAGGCCUCUCUUUCCUGCUGGCUACUUUUAUGAUACCCAGAUCCUUUGUAAUCUCUUAGCAGUAGACGGUGUCAAUGAACCUGAUGUCUUGGCGAUUAAUGGAGCUUCUGCAGCCCUCUCACUGUCAGACAUUCCUUGGAAUGGCCCCAUUGGUGCAGUACGGAUAGGACUGAUAAACGGAGAGUGUGUCGUUAACCCAACUCGAAGAGAAAUGGCAUCCAGUGCUUUAAAUCUAGUGGUUGCUGGAGCACCUCGGAGUCAGGUUGUCAUGCUGGAAGCCGCUGCCGAGAACGUGUUGCAGCAGGACUUCAGUCAUGCCAUUAAAGUGGGGGUGAAGCAUACGCAACAAAUCAUUCAAGGCAUACAACAACUGGUAAAGGAAGGCGGAAAGGCCAAGAGGACCCCUCAGAAGUUGUUUACCGCUCCCCCGGAGAUCGUGAAGUGUGUCCAGAACCUCGCUACUGAGAAGAUCUAUGCAGUUUUUACAGAUUUUAAUCAUGAUAAAAUUUCUAGAGAUGAAGCCAUUAAUAAAAUCAGAUUAGAUACCGAAGAGCAGCUGAAAGAAAAAUUUCCCGAAGCUGAUCCAUUUGAAAUAAUAGAAUCCUUCAAUGUGGUUUCAAAGGAAGUUUUUAGAAGUAUUGUUCUGAAUGAAUACAGAAGGUGUGAUGGGCGAGAUUUGACUUCACUCAGAGAUAUAAGCUGUGAGGUGGACAUGUUUAAAACCCUUCACGGAUCAGCGCUGUUCCAAAGAGGCCAAACUCAGGUUCUUUGUACUGUUACUUUCGAUUCAUUGGAAUCCAGUCUGAAGUCUGAUCUGAUUACGUCUGCUGUGAGCGGAGUAAAAGAUAAAAAUUUCAUGCUGCAUUAUGAGUUUCCUCCUUAUGCCACUAAUGAAAUUGGAAAAGUCACUGGUGUAAAUAGAAGAGAGCUCGGACACGGUGCACUUGCCGAGAAAGCUCUGAUUCCAGUUGUUCCCAGAGACUUUCCUUUCACAAUGAGAGUCACAUCCGAAGUCCUGGAGUCCAACGGCUCCUCUUCUAUGGCAUCUGCAUGCGGUGGGAGUUUAGCAUUAAUGGAUGCAGGAGUUCCAGUUUCCUCCGCUGUCGCGGGUGUAGCAAUCGGAUUGAUCGCCAAAAACAACUCUGAGAAAGGAGAAAUCGAAGAUUACCGUUUGAUGACAGAUAUCCUGGGAAUUGAAGAUUAUAAUGGUGACAUGGACUUUAAAUUGGCUGGCACCAAUAAGGGAAUAACUGCAUUGCAGGCUGAUAUCAAAUUACCCGGGAUACCAAUCAAAAUUGUAAUGGAAGCUAUUCAGCAAGCCACAGUGGCAAAGAGGGAAAUAUUACAGAUUAUGAACAGGACCAUUUCAAAGCCUCGAGCAAGCAGAAAAGAAAAUGGACCAGUUGUAGAAACUGUUCAGGUGCCAUUAUCAAGAAGGGCUAAAUUUGUUGGCCCUGGUGGAUAUAAUAUAAAAAAACUUCAAGCUGAAACAGGUGUCACCAUCAGUCAAGUGGAUGAAGAGACGUUUUCUGUCUUCGCCCCGACACCCACUGCUAUGCAUGAAGCGACAGAGUUCAUUAAUGAAAUCUGCAAAGAUGACCAGGAGCAGCGGUUGGAAUUUGGUGCUGUCUAUACUGCCACGAUAACUGAAAUUAGAGAUAUUGGAGUGAUGAUAAAACUGUAUUCAAACAUGACUCCCGUGUUACUUCACAACACCCAGCUUGAUCAAAGAAAGAUUCGACACCCUAGUGCCCUGGGAUUAGAAGUUGGCCAGGAAAUUCAGGUGAAAUACUUUGGCCGCGAUCCCACCGAUGGGAGAAUGAGGCUUUCAAGGAAAGUGCUCCAGUCUCCUGCAACAACCGUAGUCAAAACUCUGAGCGAUCGAAACAACAUCGUAAUGGGAGAGAGGGUUUCAGAGCCGGCUAGCUCCUCCUCCCAGUGACUAAUGUGAUGAAAGAAGCUAAAUCAAAAUGGGGAAGAGACGGUGAAUGUAUUCGAUCACGCCGAUUUGUGUAUAGUAUAAAUAGGUCCUAAUUUGUAUUAAAACCUCCACAUGUGUUU